GUGAGAUGUGUAGGUUAGGUUUUCGUUUUCCUAAAUCCUCACAUUAUGAAAAUUAAAAUGAUUAUAAGUUACUAAGUUUACUAUAAAUUUAUUAUUAUGGUUUGUAUGUGCCGGAAAAUUCAAAUCUGGUGGAAUUUAUUUGUGUUAAGUGAGUUUGAAAACUAAACCGAUCAUCCAGAUACUUAGUACUGGCAUAAGUUAAUUAUUUAUUUUGUUGCAAUACAUAAAUUGAUGAUUUAACUUAUUUGUUAUGCAGGCCUACAAAAAGUUUUAAGUAUCAACACUGGUGACAAGAUUCUGCAGAUCGUGCUGCCAAAAAUAGUUGGACCAUUACAAACAUGAAACAUUUCAUGCGAUUCCGCAUCAACCAAUGUGCUAUCGUGAAUAUUUAUCAUGAGAAUUCAGCUACACUUAGAGGAUUACUUGCAACAACAAAUUGUGAAUCAGGUUCGCCAGCUUCAUUAAAAUAUAGAAUUGAUAAAGCAAGAAACAUUUCAUCAUAUGGAAACGGUUGUUGGAACGGUUUAAGUAACAGAAGAUUAAGCCUGCAUUCAAAUGUUGAAUCUGAUGAUGAAGACAAACUGGACGAUAAUGGCAAGGACAGUUUUUUCAACGAAUAUUAUAAACAAGAGGAUGUUUUAUUGAGUAACUUGCAGAGUGUAAGAAACAAUGCUGCUGACAUGUCAACCCAAAAAUGGGACGCUUUACGAAAUUCAUUAUUGAAACUGUCUGGAAAAAUUAAUGCCAAAAAUAUUGACGCUGUCAUAUUAAACAAGUGUUCUGAUAUCCAGUCCUUACCUCUAGGCAAAUCUUACUUUAAGUACUUGAAGUCCUUAAAUACUCCCAUCAACAGAGCUUGUUACGGUAGUUAUUUACGUUUAUUCCAUCAAUGUGCAAGUGACUGUAGUAGUGACGAUUUGAAUGAAAUCUUAAUUGUUUAUAAAGAACUAUCAGAAGUGUAUCCUCUCUUAGAUUAUAGCACAGCGGAAAAAGCUGUGUUAGGAUUAUGUGUUACCGAAAAUUGGAAAGAAUAUGAAAAACUAUUUGUUGCUAUCAAACAAUUUUACAAUCCUUCAGUGAGUACCUACAAAGUGGUAAUUCUAACUUCAUUUGACAAGGGAGACUUUGAAGUGGGGUGGAAGCUGAUGGAAGAAAUGCAGUACCAAGGGUGUAAUGUUCCAGAUGAAGUAUUUUUACAUUGGUUUCAAAAAGUAAGAUUUAGAAGGCAAAACGAAGAUAUAACAAGAGUUUUGAACUUUUUCAACUAUUUUAAUGUCAAACCAUCAGACAUGGUGUGCAAGAUUAUCAAGGAUGCAUUUGAGGAAUAUAAUGAAAAGGCAAUAGCGACAUUCACAAAGGUUAAGAGAGACGGAGUCUGCCUGAGUUGUAACUCCCUUCUUGAACCUUGUCAAAUAUCCAAAGAAGACUUCCUCGAGCUUAGAAAAGCCUUUUUGAAUCCUGUAAUUAUUGGAAAGGACAUAUUCCAAAAAACCAAGCCAGAAGAGUUCAGUGAGUUUUUGAACUUUCUGGAGCAGUCGGGACCUUUCAAUAUUGUUGUUGAUGGGCUUAAUGUUGCUUUACAUGGUAGACAUCAGACAACCGCAAUUAAUACUGAACGGCUAAAAACAGUUGUCAAGUAUUUUGCUGGUUGGAAGCAAAAAGUGUUGGUGUUAGGAAGAAAGCACAUGGCUUCUUGGAAUACACCUGACAUGGAGUUUGUUAAGAAAAAUGCUCAAUUGUUCUUGGCAGAUAACUUAUCCCAAGAUGACCCGUUCAUGCUGUACGCAGCUCUGCACGGUGGUCUUGACACCUACUUUGUCUCUCGAGACAUGAUGAGGGGACACAAGUUUCUGCUUAGUGACAAAAAACUUAGGAAUACCUUCCAAAAGUGGCAGUCCCUGCGUCAGCUUUUCAUAUUGACUGUUGAUAGGGGUGGAAAUUUAAUUUUUCAGGAACCAGUUUCAUUUCUACAGACGAUUCAGCAGAAUUCCCAUGGAGACUGGCAUGUCCCAUACACUGUGCUAGGAGAAGAACUGACUAACAGAGAUAGGGUAGACCAUUUACACAGGCACUGGUUGUGUUUACAGAAAGUAGCGAAACACAAUCCCAGCAAGGUGAAGAGACCAAGCUUUGCUCCAGAGAAGGUAAGAGAAGUUGAAAGACCUUACAAACAGUCAGUGAAGAGAUUUAGUGUAAAGAAUGUUUUCAAGGAGGAUUAAUUCAAUGUACGAUGUUUGUGAACUUCUUGAACUUUGUAGUCCGUUUUUAGUUAACCUAUAUGUAAAUAAUAAGUUUUUUUAGCAUAUUUUGUACAUAAAAUAUUUAUUUGUAUAUUUUUGAUCACAAGCACAGGUGAAUAAAUAGUUGAUUCUAACUCUUUCAGUGCUAUUCUAAACACAUAACCCUGUAUCUAUCAUAACCA